AUGAACCAGAAAGCCAAUGCACAGGAUAAAUGGGCCCAAACCGGAUGGAGAAUAGAGCAGAAGUAUGCAAACAAAGUGUUGUUAGGCAACUGGGCUGAAGAAAGACUUCAGUUCACUCGCAAGCCAAAGAUAGCCUACAGCACCAGUUCUGUAGACUACCGACCCCACAGGGAUUUCAAGCCAGACAUCUCUGAGAGAAGAUCUGCCCUGCUGAGAGCUGAGGGGCUUCCAUCUAAGACGAUUUUUGGGCACCAUGACCCGCCAUCCUCACAUUAUCUGGUCACACAGUAUGCGGAAAGCUACGGGUGUAACCUCAUCAAUGCUUUGCCCACUCUGCAACACAGACAUGCAGACAACUUGACACAAAAGCCCGAGAGGUCUGACCAGCUGACUUCUGCACUUCCAAACAACUUUGGCCCGCUGCAGACCACAAAUCACCAUUUUGAAAUACAGCAGUCACACCUUCCAUCUCUGACUGAGUACAGGUCAGCAUACCAGAGGCAACCACUUAGUGCCUUCUGCCAGAGCCGCUUUGCCAAGGCUUCACACAUGCUCUCCAGCCACCUCUAUGAAGCCAAUCGUAACAACAAGGAUCUGGAUCUGAGACAGCACUUGAUCCUACAAGUCCCGGAUCAUUAUUUCAGCCUAUGUCCACCAUCACAACAGGCUUAA